GCGGGCUUCCGCAGUCUCACGGGCUUUAAUUCCUUAACGACUGGGCUGCUCCUUCUCCAGCCGAGUUCUCUGCUCCAGUAACCCAGGUGAUUCUGCCGCUCCCUGUGUCCUUGGGGAUCUCGGGUUCCCGGAGGUUCCUCCAGAAGACGCCGGACACAACAGAAGCCAAACAUGAUCUCAGUGACCUUUGAGGAUGUGGUUGUGAACUUCACGGAGGAGGAAUGGGCAUUGCUGGAUCCUUCCCAGAGGAACCUUUACAGAGAUGUGAUGCUGGAAGUCUUCAGAAACCUGGCUUUUAUAGAAAACAAAUGGCAUGAAAAAAACAUUCAAGAUGAGAUCAAAAAUUCCGAGAUCAUUCUAAGGCACAUCACAUCUCACUCUGAACACAAAAGCUACAAGCACGAGGAAUGUGAAGAGAAGCCAUGUGAAUUUAAACAGCACAGGCAAUCCCUGGUUUCUCUCAAAAGUGUUCACACACAAAUGUUAACACAAACUGGAGAUGGACCCUAUGAAAGUACAGUAUGUGGGAAAGUCUCCAGUUGUUCCAGUGACAUUCAAAGGUAUGAAGAUACUCACACUGGGUGGCAACCCUAUGAAUAUCAACAAUGUGGUGAAGCCUCUUCUCUCCCAGAUGUUCAAAGACAUAUGAGAACACACAGUGGAGGUAAACCUUUUCAAUGUGAGGUAUGUGGGAAAGCCUUUCAUUUCUCCUCUUUAUUUAGAAGACAUGGAAGAACUCAUUCUGGAAAGAAAGUCUAUCAAUGUAAACAAGUUGGUCAAACCUUUAUUUCACACACAAGUCUUCAAAGGCACAGGGUCACACACACGGGGAAUGCACGAUUCAACUGUAAAGUAUGUGGGAAAGACUUUGCUUAUCCCAGUUUACUUAGAAUCCAUCAGACAACUCAUACUGGAAAGAAGCCUCAUGAUUGUAAGCAGUGUGGGAAAGCCUUUGCUAGAUCCAAUGACCUUCAAAUACAUGAAAGAACACAUACUGGGGAGAAGCCCUAUGAGUGUAAGCAGUGUGGAAAAGCCUUUGCCACAUCCAGUCACCUUCACUCACAUGAAAUAACCCAUACUGGAGAAAAGCCCUAUGAAUGUAUGCAGUGUGGCAAAGUCUUUGCUACAUCCAGUAUCUUUCACUCACAUGAAAAAACUCAUACUGGAGAAAAGCCCUAUGAAUGUAAGCAGUGUGGCAAAGCCUUUACUAGAUCCAGUUAUCUUCAGAUUCAUAGAAGAACGCAUACUGGAGAGAAGCCCUAUGAAUGUAAGCAGUGUGGCAAUUUCUUUGCUAGUUCCAGUUACCUUCCCAUACAUGAAAAAACACAUACUGGAGAGAAGCCCUAUGAAUGUAAGCAGUGUGGCAAAGCCUUUGCUACAUCCACUUCCCUUCAGAUUCAUGGAAGAACACAUACUGGAGAGAAGCCCUUUGAAUGUAAGCAGUGUGGAAAAGCCUUCAGUAGUUUCUCUGGCCUUCACUCACAUAAAAAAAUUCAUACUGGAGAGAAGCCUUAUGCAUGUAAGCAGUGUGGCAAAGCCUUUCCUAGGUCCAGUAACCUUCACAGACAUGAAAGAACACAUACUGGGGAGAAGCCCUAUGAAUGUAAGCAGUGUGGCAAAGCCUUUACUAGAUCCAGUGAGCUUCACGCACAUGAAAAAACUCAUAAUGGAGAAAAGCCGUAUGAAUGUAAGCAGUGUGGGAAAGCCUUUGUUAGAUCCCGUUUCCUUCAGAUUCAUGGAAGAACGCAUACUGGAGAGAAGCCCUAUGAGUGUAAGCAAUGUGGAAAAGCCUUCACUCGUUUCUCUGGCCUUCACUCACAUAAAACAAUUCAUACUGUGGAGAAGCCUUAUGCAUGUAAGGAGUGUGGCAAAGCCUUCGCUCGUUCCUCUAGCCUUCGUUUACAUAAAAAAAUUCAUACUGGAGAAAAGCAUUAUGCAUGUAAGCAGUGUGGCAAAGCCUUUGCUACAUCCAGUAGCCUUCACAGACAUGGAAGAACACAUACUGGGGAGAAGCCCUAUGAAUGUAAGCAGUGUGGGAAAGCCUUUGCUAGAUCCUGUAGCCUUCACUCACAUGAAAAAACUCAUACUGGAAAAAAGCCCUAUGAGUGUGAGCAGUGUGGCAAAGCCUUUUCUACAUCCAAUUACCUUCAGGUUCAUGGAAGAAUGCAUACUGGAGAGAAGCCCUAUGAGUGUAAGCAGUGUGGCAAUACCUUUGCUAGCUCCAGUAUCCUUCAAAGACAUAGAAGAACACAUAUCGGAGAGAAGCUCUAUGGUUGUAAACAAUGUGGAAAAGCCUUUGUUACAUCUGCUCACCUUCACUUACAUGAACCAACCCACAGUGCAGAGAAAUCAUAGUCAUGAAAACAAUUGGCAAAGUCUUCUGUUAAUAAGCUUUCACUCAUUAUCAUGUAGUAAGUUUUCUGUAGAAAAAUUCUUAGGAAAAAAAAGAAAAAUUCUUUGAAUGUGAAAUAUGGGUAAAUCAAUAUUUCUUGUCCAAUUCAAAGAGAAGAAAGUGCUCACAUGUUUGAAUCUAUCUAUAAAUAGUACUGGGGAGUUAGUCUGGUGGUCAUUUAUUACUGAGCUAUGGUGAAGGCAAUUUCCCACUCACUGUCUUGACAGGGUCACAGUGACAAUUAAUGCUGGCAAAGCCGCACUGGUUGGUGGGAAUCCGAAACCAUGAGACCCUUUUUUUUAUAUAAUUGGGACUUUUCAUUUUCAUGCUUAUGUUUCUAACAGGAGGCAUGAGUAUGUUAAAUGCCAAACAAAUUAAAUAUCAGAUGGCUAGAACAUAACAGGUAGUUCAUGCAUUGAAGGCUGUUCUUCUUCCCCUCAGCAUAUCAAUGACAAAGUAGAAGGCUGUUCUUCUAUCUCAGUACACUGAGGACAAAUAUGAUAAUGGACAACAAACAUCCUCUGAAAGGUCACGAGAAUUUCAGGCACCACACUGAUUAUAUCAACUAGAACCCAAGCUCAUAUUUCUAGCCUCUUAGAAAACCUAAUCAUUAUGCUUAUUUUACAAAGCCCACCAUGUGUAGUCUCAUUUUUGAUUGAGGAAAGUUAUAUUAUACACUUAGGAAAGUUAAAACAUUUAAUGAUAUAAUCUUUUUAUAAAAUCUUUUUUACUUUAUAUAGGGUUUUAUGAUGAAUAUAGUUAAUAUUGGCAGAAAGUGGACUGAUGUUUACAACUUAUUUUCUAUUGAGAAAGAUUAUAAAGAUAUGAGAACUAGUGCACCUUGACUGAGAAACAAAGAAACUCUUUGAGAAAGCAGCUCAACCAGUUUUAUGAGAAUAAAUUUAGGAAUUAAUUAAAGUAUAAGAUUUAAGGGGGUGUUUUUAGAUGGGAAUUUUAGAUUAGAAAUAAAGUAAAGGUGUACUUUAAAUUUAUUUAUUUUUUAAUUUGAAUAUUUAUUAU